AUGGCUCCUUUCAAGAUCGACGCAGUCCCAGAGGCUUCAUCACAAACAUCUGUCACAAGCGAUAUGCCUUCCACGAAGCCGCAUGAAGAACACCAAUAUCUCUCCCUCAUCCGCGAGAUCCUCGCAUAUGGAGAGCAUCGCCCUGACCGCACUGGAACCGGCACUUUGUCAAUACCCUUUCCACCGCAACAUAGAUACACUCUGUCCCGACCAGACGGUACCUUGAUUCUCCCACUCCUCACCACCAAGCGAGUCUUCCUACGAGCUGUCCUCGCCGAGCUGUUGUGGUUUGUGGCCGGCUCCACCAACGCCAAACUGCUACAAGACCAGAACGUGCACAUCUGGGAUGGCAAUGGCUCAAGAGAAUACCUGGAUAGCGUAGGACUUGGACACAGAGAAGUGGGAGAUUUGGGUCCUGUGUAUGGCUUCCAAUGGCGGCAUUUCGGAGCCGAGUACGAAGACUGCCAUGCAGACUAUACAGGGAAGGGCGUGGAUCAACUCGCAGAAGUGCUGAGGAAGUUGCGAGAGAGUCCAUACGAUCGAAGGGUCAUUCUCAGUGCGUGGAAUCCAGCAGACAUGAAGAAGAUGGCACUACCGCCUUGUCACAUGUUCGCCCAGUUCUACGUCUCGUUUCCGGCCACGUCUCCCACAAGGGAAGACGGCUCGAAAAAGGGUACUUUGCACACACUGCUGUACCAGCGAAGUAAUGACAUGGGUCUUGGUGUACCUUUCAACAUCGCCUCAUACGCUUUGUUGGCGCACAUGCUUGCACGAGCGGCAGAUCUGGUUCCUGGAACUCUUACACACACCAUGGGCGACGCCCAUAUCUAUCUGGAUCAUCGGGAGGCAUUGGAGGUCCAGAUCCAAAGAGAGCCCAAGGAAUUCCCAACACUCGAGCUCGAACGGAAGGCCGGCUGCGAUAUCGACGGCUGGCAAGCCACAGACUUCAAGAUUUUGGGAUAUGAGCCGCACAAAGGCAUCGCGAUGAAAAUGAGCGUAUGA